AUCAAAACUCAAACCGUGUGUUCUAGCUAAGCCUAGUAUGUAUUCUACUUACCAUCCGGGUGUUUGGAUUUUUCCUUACUAUAAACAAAGCAGUAAAAAUAUUAUUUUGCCCCAGGUUAGACUAAGAAAACAAACUUCUUUUAUUUAACUCGGUGAAUGCGGAUGAUGUAAUGAAAAAGGACGGAUGCUGAGCUGGUAGUACAUAUAGAUUAUACACAUGCUAUGUUAACGAAUGUGGUUUUACCGAGCUCUAACGACUACCAAUUUACAGUAAUUAACAUAUUUUGUGAGGCUAUGAAACCCCAUGGGCUUAAACAUAUUUGAAAGUACGUUUUAUGAGGCACGGUAGGACGGAGUGGCAGUAGAAGCGGAGUUAUUUUAAGAAAAUAAUAUUGGUACUGUUUGUUUUGCAUCCAUUUUUUGUGUAUUUUAUGAGUUUUUUGUUGACUCCUGUUACAUUAUAGAGAUCACAUGGAUGUUACCAUGGGAGCGCCCAAACACUUGCAGCAUUGAAUCAAGUGAAUGGUACUGUAUGCAUGCGGCACCAAAGACACGAGCUAACGUUAACGUUAGCCAGUUACCCAUGUCCGAACAUGAUGCAGAAACUUCGGGGAUCAAAACUGAUGAGCAAAAUGAAAAAGAAGACCCUUUGUACCACAGAUUAACCGAAAUAAGUGAGUCUCAGUUAGAAAGCAACGCGACAGAAGAACCACCUACAGAUGUAAGUCUUACGUUACAUUUACAAGAUAGCGAUGCUGGGGGAAAGAUUGAAACACAAAAUGUGAUGAUGGAGGAAGAGGUAUGCAAGUCAACCUUUUUGACUGAGAAUGGGAACUCGGUGGAGGCUACAGCUCCAGCAGACCCUCUGGAGGAUAACAGGCAACAAGGAGCAUUACCAAAGAAAGAGUCCUUCCCAAAUGCUGUUGGGAACUCAACAGCCACUGUGAAGAUCAUGCUGAUGCCAGAGGGACACAUGAUGACAAUGGCCUUUGCCAUUGGGCUCUCCAUCAAAGAGUUGAAGUGUAACUUCUCAAAUGAGCUAAAAGUACCAACAGAAGUCAUACAAAUAUCUCUGAGUGGCAGAGUGAUAGAGGACCACAGAAACCUGAUAGAGCUGGGAGUGCAGCCUCAUAGCACCGUCCAGUUGGAGAUGACCUCCUCUGACCCUGACAACCACCCCAUCCGUCCUAUGAAGCCCCGGCAGGACUACAACAUGCCUGACGUCCUCACUGUCCGAGUCCAGACAGACUCGGAGACAGACACAUUCCAGGACGUUGUGGUCGAGGUUGAGAGGGUCACCCACAGGAAGGCUUUUCUGGGGGGCUACAGGCACAAGGCCACAGGGACGGAGUACCACCACGCUGCUGUACAGACUAUAGCCAAGAAAAAACCAGACGGGGGGGUGGAGACUUUCAGCCGCGACACACAGACUGUGACGGUGAAGAGCCAGUCCCAGCAGUGCACCAACAGCACAUCCACCCAGAUGACCAGGAUCGGCUGCUACGUAUCCAACAUGGAGGACAAGCUCAUCUCCCCUGGGGCCUACGUCACCGCCGCCCAGUACCACGCCAAGAGACUGAGAGCUGUGAUCACUCUGCAGACGCACACGCGGCGCUGGCAGGCAAAGCGGAUGACUGACCAGCUGAGGGCCGACAGGGAUCUGCGUCUGGCCUGGAUGGAGCGAGAUGGGUGUAGGAAGAGGAGGGAGAAAGAGGAGCAGAUCAAGGCUGAGUACAACAGGAGGAUGAACCCAGAGAGCAGGGAUGACUUUGCACUGCUCUACAGCGCCCUGGAAAAGUGGAAGAAAGAGGAGUUGGAGCGAAUCAAUGCCACACUGGAAGGUGCUGAGAGGAAGGCUGCUCUGUGUGCGCUACUGGAACAGGAAACGCAGCUAAUUGCAUCCAUUGGACGCCACCGAAUAGCUGCUGGGGAGAGGAAUUACCACAAGGCCGUUCAGGCCUUCCUUGAAAAGUGUGCUGCCCCUAAGAGGUGGUGUGCAUUUGAUGGGAAGAUGACCCAAAUGGAAACCCAGUACACCAUCAGAGCCAAGAAGCUGAAAGAGCUGUACACCAGCAUCAACCUGCACUACUUCAACCACGAGGAGAGGCUGGACGUGCUGCUAACACUUAAACACACCGUCAAGGAGCAUGACUGCAAACUUACCCAGGACAUUGUGGAGUUGAUUGACAGAGAAGCAGACCUGCUGUUGAGGGGGGUGAAGAAGUCCAAUCUGGAGGGGCUAAGGAAGAGAAUUUCCACCCUCUUCCUCCAGUACAUCAAAAGCCCUACCUUUAACCCUGAGGCGGCCAAACUACUGAAGGUCCCCCAGGACCCAGCUCAGCUGAGGAAAAACAUCUACUUCUGCCGUAGCUGUUGCCGCCAUUUGCAGUCCACUGACUUUACCCUGACGGUCAAUGCCCGCCUAGUGGGCCAGUGCCAAAGCUGUUCGGAGCUGGACAGCGAGGCCCGCGGCCGCGAGAACCUCUCCCACUACAAAACCAUCCUCAGCAGGCUCCGCAAGUCAGAGGCCCAGAGGGACAAGGAGGCCAAGAUUACCUUCCUGCUUCAGGAGCAGGAUCUGAAGUACCUGGUAGAUGUAGUGUGGGGGGCCCAGUCAGCACUCAGUGCGUGGAACGACAUGCACGACCUGGUGAUGGUGAGAUGGGAGCGCAUGUGGGAGUGGAGUCCCUGGAACUGCAUUCUGCUCACCAAGGAAGAAGCUCCUGUUCAUGACAAAGUGGAGGACAAUGAGAAGGCCUACGGAGUGGUGUUUAUUCAGAAUGUCAAACAAAAACACACGCUGGCAAAGAAGUACUUCUCCCAGAUUCCAGUCAUGGCCAAAUACCUCCAGGACGUGCACUCACAACAGGCCGCCCACGGAAACUUCUUGGUCGCCAAGCCCAUCAACACGUUGACAGCCAAGGCCCUGCCUACAAUUCCACAAGCCACUGGUGGAGAGGCUACCCAGUGAAGGCCUCCUUAUCCACCUGCCUGCCUAACUGUCUGUCUCCCUCUUUCUCUAUUCCUCAUACUCUGUUGAAUGUCAAAUAAAAAUAGUAUUCUUGAGAGGUAUUGAACUGGGUAGAAAUGCAAUUUUGAAAUGGAUGUGUAAUAAUUUUGUGAUAAACGUGAAGAUAUUAAAUGUAAAAUA